GACCAUAACCUCUUUUCCAACAAGUUUCUCAAACUGCUGAAAGUCGAUUGUCUCUUUUGCUAGUUCAUCUUACCAUAUAAGGAAAAUACUUUUUAUACCGUAGCACAUUUUACUUUCGAAAAGACGGGUUCAAUUAUUGAAUUCAAAAAUAAAAAUGUCCGAUCCCCGAUUACGUACAUUGAAGAUAAAAACCGGAGUUGUUAAACGUCUUGCUAAAGAGAAAAUUACUUACGAAAAAGAAGCCGAACAACAACGUGAAAGAGUUCAAAAAUUUAAGGAUGAAGGCAAAGACGGAUAUGAGAUCAGAAAACAAGAAGAAGUUUUGCAAGAAUCACUGAUGAUGGUCCCAGAUUGUCAACGUCGUCUCGCAAAAGCUCACGAAGAUCUGAAAAAAAUCCUCGAAACCGAGCAGGAUCUCAAAGAAGUAGAAGCUUACCUUGAAGCCGAAAAAGUUUUGGAAGAAGCUUCAGCUCAGUUGCCUCAAGAGGAAAGUACAUUCUAAAUUUCAUAAAUUCUAAAAUCAGUACGCUCAUCUCAAAUUAAAGAAGCCAUAAAAGCAAAUCAGUCAAUUAAAAUUAAUCAAAAAUGUUCAACAACUAUAAU